ACCUUUAACAGAACCGGCUCCCUGUUCUCCUCCGGUCCCACACGCGGAUAACAGGUUCUGACAGAGUAACGGAACGGGUCGCUGGACCGGCUGCUGUGCCUCUGUACAGCUAACUCUCCCCAACCAUGGGUGACUGGAGUGCUCUGGGGCGUCUUCUGGACAAGGUCCAGGCCUACUCCACAGCUGGGGGGAAGGUCUGGCUUUCGGUCCUCUUCAUCUUCAGGAUCCUGGUGCUGGGGACGGCCGUAGAGUCAGCCUGGGGGGACGAGCAGUCAGCCUUCAAGUGCAACACCCAACAGCCCGGCUGCGAGAACGUCUGCUACGACAAAUCCUUCCCUAUCUCCCACGUUCGCUUCUGGGUCCUCCAGAUCAUCUUCGUCUCGACGCCGACGCUGCUCUACCUGGCUCACGUCUUCUACCUGCACAGGAAGGAGCAGAAGCUCAACCGCAAGGAGGAGGAGCUUAAGGCAGUGCAGAAUGACGGCGGUGACGUUGAGAUUCCCCUGAAGAAGAUCGAGCUGAAGAAGCUGAAGUACGGCAUUGAGAAGCACGGCAAAGUGAAGAUGAAGGGGGGUCUGCUCAGAACCUACGUAGUCAGCAUCUUCUUCAAAUCCCUGUUUGAGGUUGGCUUCCUGGUGAUCCAGUGGUACAUGUACGGCUUCAGCCUGUCGGCCGUCUACACGUGUGAGAGGUCUCCGUGUCCACACAGGGUGGACUGCUUCCUGUCCCGUCCCACCGAGAAGACCGUCUUCAUCAUCUUCAUGCUGGUGGUGUCCCUGGUGUCCCUGCUGCUGAACGUCAUCGAGCUCUUCUACGUGUUCUUUAAGAGGAUUAAGGACCGCGUGAAGGGGAAGCAGCAGCCCGCGCUCUACGCCAGCGGAGGAACGUUGAGUCCCACUCCCAAAGAGCUGUCCACCACCAAGUACGCUUACUACAACGGCUGCUCCUCCCCCACGGCCCCGCUCUCACCUAUGUCCCCCCCAGGUUACAAGCUCGCCACGGGGGAGAGGGGGACCGGCUCGUGCCGUAAUUACAACAAGCAGGCCAACGAGCAGAACUGGGCCAACUACUCUACUGAGCAGAGCCGGCUGGGCCAGCACGGUGCAGGAAGCACUAUUUCUAACUCCCACGCUCAAGCCUUUGACUUUCCCGACGACACCCAAGAGCACAAGAAACUGUCGUCCUCAGCGGGACACGAACUGCAGCCGCUGGCGCUGAUCGACGCCAGACCCUGUAGCCGUGCCAGCAGCAGGAUGAGCAGCAGACCCCGGCCCGACGACCUGGACGUGUAAACCCGGUUCUGCUGCCCUCAGCUUCUCUAGCCUCCGUCGCCGUCCUCGGUACGGGGGCGGAGUCAACGAGACGUUCAAACAUAAACACGCUCGCAGGUACAGAUCAGGAACAUUCAGCUCCGCAGCAGGAAACCAGAGCAACUGCAGCAGGACGUCGUCCCAAACCCGCUUCACACCGUCAGCCUCAUUAAGACGCCCAGGCUCUGAAGGUUUGGAUGCCCCUGAGUGGAUGGUGGUGAUGGUAAAAUAAAACUACAGAAGAACUCAGAUGAAUGCAGCCAACGCCGGGUUUACGGGCUGUGGUGAUCCGUGGACAACACGGCCGGUGAGCUCCCGGUGUGGAGACCAGCCCUACGAGGCUGAAGGUGACCUGGCUCUGGUUUCUAGAGGUCCUGCUCUGAUGACGACUCUCAGCAGGAUCUUUAGGUCUCAGCUGCGUCGGUUUACUGUUAAUGAUACUUUCAAACAAAUCUGUGUCUUAAAUCUUAAAUUCAUCACCGAAACCUUUUACCCAGCUGGCCUUCACGAGCUCCACUUUCCUGCUGUUUUGAGUUGAGGUGUCCUGAUCUGAUGCGUAGCGAUGGAUCCCAGAUUAAAGCAUGGCAACACGGCGUUCUGUCAGCCGAGCUGUACCACAGGACCGACUUUAUGGGUCUAGGAGAGAAACGAUGUUUAAAUGUGCUGAAGAACAGGUUCAGAGCUCUGAAGAACAUCAAACGCUUGAUUUUAGGAAAACUCGCCGUCUCUCAUCUUCUGUUAGUUUUUCAUCUCCGGUGACUCAAAGUGGGUCAGAAGGCUCAUCCAUCCCGACAGAGCUGCCCUCUCAAGCAGCACACAGUUCAUAAACUGUGUGUGUGAACGUGGUUUUACUUCCACCAGCUGCUGUUUAUGAAUCCUGUUUCAAACGUGUGAAACUGGGAUGUGCUACAGCGCUUAACAGCACCAGUAACCGGGUUUAUAAAUCACACUGGUGGUACUAGAACACCUGCUUGCAUGAAUAACGAGACAAACCCUCUGAUCCACGUAGAUAACUGUCUCCCUACGCUGUGAUCCUUGACUGUUCUGGGUAAGGGUUAGGGGUUAGGGUAAGGGAUGUGUAUUUUUGAAAUUCUGGCGAUACGAUACAUAUCACGAUACAGGGGAGAUGAUACGAUAUAUCACGAUAUAUUGCGAUACAUUCAGUCAGACGUUACAAGCAAUUCUUUUUACUGAAUUUAUUGUCAGAAUGUUCAAUAAACAGUCCAAACUGAUACGUAACAUGUUUAACAUGAGGUAUCUGAACCUUGAUGGAGGGAUUUACAUUUCAGUGGUGGAAACAAAACCCGCUGCACACUGCUGCCAACUAGCGGGUGGCGAUUGAAUCGCGCAAAACGAAAAGAAAAUACACAAAAGUUUGCAUGUAAAUUCUUUCAGGAAUUAGAUACACGACUUUUGAAAAUCGAUGUAAUAAUCGCAAGAAAAAAUAUCACGAUAUAUUGCCAUAUCGAUAUUUUCUUACAUCCCUACUGUAGUAGAAGGUGAUGACAUCUUUAGUCAGAGUCUUCAGGACAUCCCAGCUUUUCUAGAACAUCACACACACACACACACACACACACACACACUUCUGAGAUCAACUCUUUUCUGCCUCCUUCCUGAUGAAGAGUCGGUCUCGCAGCACUACUCCGGGGCGCUGAGCCGCCUCGUCACAGCAGCUGGACACAUAACCGGGGAGGUGUUGUUGUUUGAACAGCUGGCCGAUGCGGUCGUGUUGUAGGUAAAGACUCUCCGUUCUAACCCUCAGCUGUUCCUGCUCUUCCUUAACCACUUCACAUCAACAUCACUGAUCCUCGAGUCGCUGAUCUAGUCCCAGAUCAGUGUUGUCUCUGCUUCACGGCUCCUGAUCAAACAGAGGAUAUGAAUCUAACCAGACUUGUAGGUGAGCCCAGACCAAGCGUCUGUUUUUCUUACUAAACUCAGCCAAAGCGGACCUUUAAACAUCUAAACUACACAGGAAUGUUUAAAAUGUCACUCUUACGCCACUGGAAAUGUGUUUUCACCCCAAAUCCGCUCCCGGCCGAUGUUUGCCAGUGGCAGCAAUCAGGGAUGUAAAUCCAUGAAUCUGGGGAUGUGGAGCGCUCCCGAGCAGCCGAACACCACAGCUGGUUAUUCUGCGGCGUGUUUCUGCGCUAGAGACAUCUUACCUGUGGCAGACCGCUGUCUGAACGGCCUCUCGGGCUGAGGAGCUAGCGGCUAGUCUGAGUCCACCAUUUAAAGGUUUAAACAACUAUGUUUGUAUGAUGUGAGGAGGGAAGUCGGAGGCCGGAGCAGUAAGCCACUCUCAGACUGCUGGUUAGCUUGUCAGUCCUGUAAGACGAGGGUUAAAGUGACAGUGUGUAUUAUUCCUGGCAAUAGGGGGCAGUACAUACCAUAGCAAGCAGUACUUUGUGUUGGUGUAAGACCUUACCAAUGGAUGCCCAAUAGGGUCAGAAAGCCCUGGGCGUAAAAUAACGAGCACAUCAGACUCCCGUUCAUCACUGGCCACCAGUGGAGGUAAAUGUGUGAAGACGUUUAAGAACAGCGGAGUUUUGUAACCGUUACAAAUCAGUAAAUGCAUCCUGUCCUCAUGGGCUCCCGUAGAAGGAAACAUGGCGUCCAACAUGGCGUCGCCCAGAGACUUGGACCCGCUCCCGUAUGUUUUUGACCUGAUUUUUAUGGUUUUACGUUACACAACCAACUGGGCAUCAUUCCAUUCAUUUUCAACAACAUUUUAACGGAAACUUCCAGGAACUACACGUUGUCCCUUUUAGGCGGCAUUUAUUUAGUCAUGACUUUUACACAGGAAGACACUCCAGAGUUCCAAGAUAAACCUUCUAAUGAACAAACUUUAUUCAUUCUUGUGCGUCGUUUCCAUCACUGAAUUAGCAGUUAGCAGCUAGCUGUGGACUGAACCAACUGAGCGGUGGAUGGGGGUGUCCUUUGUAAUGGACUGACUGAAUUAGUCUGGUGUGGGGGUGAGAGAAAGGGGUUAAGUUAUUGUUCAUGAAUCACAACUAAAGUGCUAAAGACAACAGGCCGAGGUGUUGUUCCUGUCCAGAGCCUACACCCGCUUCUGCUAAGUCCUGAUAAACUUUGAAUCUGUGUGGAGUUUAGAUUUGUAUGCGUCUCUUUCUGUGUGCCUGAAGCAGCAGGAACCUUUCCCCGAGUUUUCUUGCUGUCAGGCUUUUCUCCCGUGUUUAGAUAAGAGUGGAUGCUGUGUUUUAACCCGUUGCUGCUUGACAAAUAGAUGUUUAGUACUGUAAACAGAGCUAACAAUAAGAAUGUGUUUGUAGAAGAUGGCUCAUAGAGUUGGACUAAUUUCUAGUCUCUUGUGUUAAACCCACCAAACUCCAGAUGAACCCUGAUUGGUUGAAAUUCACAGUACAUUGUGGAAUCGGUACUCACACGUCACGGGUCCUCAGCUACGGCGGCGUUUGCACUGAGUUUGCUGUUAAACGUGUCAUUUGGCUCAGACGGAGUGUGCUCAUGCUAAUUUAUUUUACAACACAUGUUGAAAGCGGUGGAUUGUACCUGAGCGCCGGUGUGUUUGUCUGCUCGUGAUUCACCAGGAUUGACUGUUGUACGGUGUCGUUUCUGUCUCUGUGAAUAACUGUUAACCAAUAAACGCUUCCCUGUCCAAG